GACACAACAACGAGCAGCAGCAGCAGCAGCAGCCGGGGGCAGUACCGGGCGCAAAAAAAUUGGGCACUUUUUUCCUAUAGUGUUUGAUUUGCUCUGAAGCAGUUCACACAUCACCUACGUCUGAUCGUUUGGGUUUGUGUUAGACAACUGCAUCUUAGCUGUACUACAUCGGAGACGCUACAUUACAGGAGCAUUGUAAUAAUUCUCUUGCACGGAAAAGUCCGCCAUUAAAGCAGACAAAGUACUUCUACAGCAAGUCGGAAGAUAAUCCAUUAUUAGGUGAAGUACCCACAGCUGAUUAGCAGUCAUCAAAAGUUCGCUCGAUAGACGGACUUCGUCAAGGCACUGAGUGAAGUAGUGGACUGAUGAUUGUCGACUGACGAUUGCCGCAGGAAUUGGAAACGAACGUGGACAAUGUAAACGUUUGAUUCGAAGGAAAGUAUCCGUAGUAGUAUCUCAAGCUACUGUGAAUACGUGUGUGAAAUACUGCCCCAAGCAAGAUACGUGUCGCAUUGGCCUUGGUGUGGGUGUUUUCCAGUGAGGUUUACAUACGAACAGUACAAACUGAAUAGAGUACAAAAAGUACCUCGUUACCUAAGCGCAAUACGUUUUAGUCAGGGUGCAUAUCUGUCAAGUGCUUUUCCUUUAAGGUACAGAAAAGGACCUAGAGCACUGGGGGAGCACGAACAGAUUUAUCGAAAAAUCGAACGUAAACAUGACGGUUACCUCAGCAAAAAAAAUAGAGUCGGAAUGUACUGGAGGAGGCGUGUGCUCCAGCGAGCCUGUGUCAGUACGUAGCCCUUGUCCACCAGCAACUCCCAUAUCGGAUGCGGCCACUGAUGACGAUGACGACCCCAGCGUCCGAGAUGACCAGUCAACAGUUUCCUCUCUGUCCGGUCUCGUCGGGGUGCGUCGCCGAGGACGAUGCAAGUGGUUCAACGUGGCGAAAGGAUGGGGAUUCAUAUCCUCCCUUGACGAGGGUCCCGAUGUCUUUGUGCACCAAUCGGUGAUACAGAUGUCUGGGUUCCGCAGUCUGGGUGACGAAGAAGAGGUGGAAUUCGAAUGUCGUGCAUCGUCAAAAGGUCUUGAAGCCACUUUAGUUUGUGGGCCAGGAACUAACGACUGCAAAGGCUCUCAUCGAAGGCCUAUGUCUAAAAAGAAGUUUCGAAAAGUUAGGUGCUACAAUUGCGGCGAAUUCGCAAAUCACAUUGCCGCAAAAUGUCGGGAAGGGCCUUUGCCAAAGCGGUGCCAUCAGUGCAAAUCAUCAGACCAUCUGAUCGCUGACUGCCCGCUCAGGGCGGCCACAUCUGUUCCUACGGAUGCCAUCACUAAAUGCCCCAGCAGUCAGGAAAAGGAUGCGAGCAGCGGGAGCGGCGGACACGGCACCACUCUGCCAACUACAACGCUCUUUGACUCUGGAUUGGAGAAUCAAAGCUCAGAAGAGGAAACAGACAUUGGAAGCGCCGGUAAAACAGACGACCGUAGCAAAAAUAACAAAAACAACACGAAUUCAUAAAAUGUAUACGAAAAACGUAUCCCUGAAACGUAUGCCAAAGGCACUGAGUUCAUUACGAAGGAUAACGAUACUAUUAUUGCAAUGGCAGAUUAUGUAGACCGCCUCCUUAAAACUAUUCUUUACGCGUUGCUAUACAACACAUUCGUAACACGUAUAGCCACUUAGAGGAAACUAUACACAAUAAAUGUAUUGGACAAAGAUGGAUCGAUGCGGCUAGUGUACAACACCGUAAAAUGGGAGGUUUUUGUUUGGGGGGGGGGGG